CAAUCAGAUACCUUCUUCGAUCACGCCUGCGCAACUGCCUAUACGGACUCCUGCUUCCCACUUCGGUUGUCCAGACAUUAGUGUGGAAAAAUCUGAUGGCGCGAUGAAAAGGAGAAGAAGCCUCGGCGAUGGGCCACUUUAUGCUUCCUUUUUCUGCCCAAAAAUCGGUUUCCCCUCCUUGCCAUGCUUGCUAACCUCCUCACUCCACGUCAAAGCUCCAAUUCUCAACGCCCAUCAACGGUCUAGGCCAAUGUGGCCCAGUAGACCGGUGGAAGGUGAAUUUCGCUUCUCUGAGAUUUGGGUCAAUGAAUUCAUUGUAUCCCCGGCUCUCGAGAAUACUGAAGGACGAGUCGUUCAUAAUUCGUCGCCUAGCUACUUAAUCGAUUAUGUCUAAUCUACGCGGGAAGACAGUGGCGGUGGCAUCGCAGUUGAGGGAACACAUCCGGCAGCGGCGAAAUGCGAGGCGAGUAGCCGUCUGCAGCGUGGUCCGUUGCUCGCAGACCACCCUGUAACAUUUCCAAGGUCCG